AAGCAAUCAUUUCUCCUUCUCUCUGGCUGCAUUCUUGCAGCCAUUGAGAACUACUGUGUGAACUGUGAUUGGUCACAGCUUGUCACAUGGUACAAGGCUGUUGUGAAUGGCCCUGUACCAUGAGAUCUCUGAUCAUUCACAGAUUUCACACGUAGUAAGCAAUGAUGGCAGAAGUGACAUCUUGCUUACUACUGUUCAUGUGAUCACUGAUUGGCCAAUCAGUGAUCACAUGAUAGGGACCCUCGCACAGAGGUCCCGUGCAGCAGCUCCCAGGGAGCAUGCAUAGUCCAAAAUGGUGGCCGCCAUUUAUGA